GGAGUUGUAGACGGAGCACUUUGUGAGCUGGAGUGUUUAGAGUGUUUAUAGAGUUUAGAGAGUUUAAAAAAUGUGAAUUUUUUUAGAAAAACUUGUAAGAAUGACUGAAAGCAGCUCUUCACAAUCUGUCAGCUCCAGAGCUGAGAGUCUGGACACGAUCGUGUAUUUUAAAAAAGAAGAAUUUGAAGUGGACUGGGUGAAAGUCUCUGACCGGAGUUUCGGCCAAGUUUAUAAAGUGAAGCUGAAGCUGUGGAGAGAACAGUGCGCCGUCAAGACUUUCUCCAGUGCGGACGAUUACAGGAACAUGGCGCAGGUCUGCAAAAUAGGGAGGACAAAACUUAAGUACCUGAUUUCCAACUACGGGCUGUGCAGAGAUCCAUGUGCGAUAGUGAUGGAGUACAUGAGCAGAGGAUCCCUGGAUAAUCUCCUCACAACUCACGUCCUCAUGUGGCCAAAGAAGUUCCAGAUGAUCCAUGAGGUGGCCAUGGGCAUGAACUUCCUCCACAGCAUGAAGCCUCCUGUCCUUAACCUGAACUUGAAGCUGUCCAACAUCCUGCUUGAUGAUCAUCUUCAUGUUAAGAUUUCAGAUUUUGGGCUGAAACGAGGGGAAGAAAGCAAGAUGGCUUUUAUCGAACAUUUAUCGUCUCGAGGAAACAUCAGCUACGUUCCCCCAGAAGCUUUUACCCAGAAUCCUGAACCCCCGACAGACAAGUAUGAUGUUUACAGCUUCUCCAUUGUGAUGUGGGAGAUUUUAACUCAAAAGAGGCCAUACCCUGGGAUGAAUAUGGCUGAAAUAUUGAUCAGGGUGACAUCAGGAAAAAGACCCGGAGUGGAGAAGAUCCCCGAUGAUAAGCCUCAAGAGUGUGAAGACAUGAUCGAAUUAAUGCAGCAAUGCUGGGACCAAGACAGCAGCCAAAGACCUGCUUUCUCAGACACGGUGUGGAUGACUGAAGCUUUAAGUGAUGUCCUGAAAAUCACGAUUCCCGGCAUUGAGAGAAAUAAGCCGUCGUUUCGACUCAGACUUUCCAAGCUCAGAAGAGAUUCGAGUGAUCCAGCUUACGAAUGUUCAGACAGUUCGGAUCAGAGCAUCCACACCUACCUGGAGCAGAAGGAUUUCCAGUCCUUUAAAGAAGUCCUGAGGAAAGAGCACGUCUCGAUGUCCUUCAGGGACGAUAACUCUCUUCUUCACCACGCUGCCGCCAGUGGGGACGUGGAGAGUGUUCAGAUGGUGUUGAACAUGGGGGCUUUGGUGAACUGCCAGAGCGUCAGAGGCUACACGCCGCUCAUCGUUGCGCUUCUGCGGACGUAUUACGAUAUCUGCGCUUUGCUCAUCGACCACGGUGCUGACGUUAACCUUGGUGACCAUGAUCUUUGGACUCCUCUACAUUUUGCGGUUCAGGCCGGGAACGACCGUGCCGUUCGCAUGCUGUUGGAUCACAAGGCCACUGCCGACGCCAAGGACAAGGACGGGUGGACGCCAUUGCAUCUGGCGGCUCAGAACGGUCAUGAGGGCGUGGUGCGCCUUUUGCUUCCACGCUUGGUCAGCGUAGACGAACAAGAAGAAACGUCUGGAAGAACUUCGCUGCACAUGGCGUGCAUGUAUGGCUACUUGAACAUUGCUAAACUCCUUCUUGCGAAAGGUGCUGACCCCAAUAUGACCGAUUCUGAUCAAGCCACUGCUUUGCACUUGGCUGCCGAAGAAGGGCACUUCAGAGUUGCACGGCUUUUAGUGACGAAAGGAGCAGACGUGAACAGAGUCAAUGGAAGCAACUACAGCGCCUUGCACUUCGCAGCUCUAAGAGGAUGCACUGGAAUCUGCAGACUCUUGCUGAAUCAUGGUGCAAAUCCCAAUUUCACAACCAAUCAGAAGUGGACUCCCAUGCAUCUAGCUGCAUUGAAAGGUCAUCCAGAGACCGUGCUCGUUCUGGAAGAGAACAAAGGGUCAAUGGACGCCCGUGGACAAGGUGGAUGGACUCCAUUGCACUUGGCUUGCCACCAUAUGCAAGAGGAGGUGGUGGCCGUCUUGCUGACAGCAGGAGCCAACCCAAACCUGAAGGAGGACGGAAGCUGGACACCACUUCACCUAGCGUGCAAUAAAGGUGCCUUCCCGAGCACGUUGCAACUCAUCGCCAAGCAUGCCGACGUCAACGCCCAGAACAACAGCAAGGACACGCCAUUGCAUCUGGCUGUGCAAGCCGGCAGCGCUCCAAUCGUCAAAGCCCUGUUGAUGAACGGUGUAGAAAAGCAUGCAAUAAACUCCAGAGGACAAACGGCUCUAGCUUUGGCUCAACAGCAGCAAAACAACGAGGACAUUGUGCAGUUACUGAACAGCUAGAAGAUGAGGUGAGACAUUCAAACUUAAAGCUGAAAAUGUAAAAAAUGUAAUGACGGAUAAGUACAUUAGAAUGGAAGUGAAGGAGGAGGAGAAGGAGGAGAAGAGCAUUGAUUUUCCCGUAUUGAUUCCAUGCCUCGGCAUCCUGCUCCUCCCGCCUCUAUUGUGAUUUAUUUUUCUCGUUUUGUUAAUAUAUUUCCAUUGAUUUUUGCACGAAGACAUUUUCAUAAUGUGAUGACUCACUGAACGAAACAACAACAGCGCAAAAAAAGAAGACAACACAGGUAGCCCUGUUGGGAAUGCACUCCUCUACUGAGAAUGAAUGGAACCAAUGGCAUGUCUACGUUUGUGUUGGGAGCUUCAUAAUAAUUGUGUAAGCCAUCGCUGACAGGAGCUAACAUCAUCAUGUCUUAAUACUCAACAUCUACUGAGAUAAUCUCAUCACAGAGGAAUGAAAUCCAUUCACGGCAUUCCAAUCCUUUAAAUCACUUCCAGUGCAAAGAGCUCAGAAACCGGUGGGACAGCAUUCCUCAUGUUUCCCAGCAGUGUCCUCCUAACUGACUAACUGACUGACUUGUUUUAACAUGUGAAGUUCAUGAGCUGUAUAAACAACGUGCAUAGCAACUUGAUUUUGUAAUAGUAUGUAUGAUUAAGAUUCUAAUCACCUGAGUAUUGACUAAUUGUUUGAGUGAUUAUUAGUCACAGUGUACAGUACAGCCAAACAAAAGUUUGGAAACACCUUCUCUUUUUCAAUGUGUUUUCUUUAUUUUCAUGACUAUUUACAUUGUAGAUUCUCACUGAAGCAUCAAAACUAUGAAUGAACACAUGUGGAAUUUUAUGUACUUAACAAAAAAGGUGAAAUAACUGAAAAAAACAUGUUUUAUAUUCUAGUUUCUUUAAAAUAGAAGACACCACCCUUUGCUCUGAUUACUGCUUUGCACACUCUUGGCAUCAUUCUCUCAAUGAGCUUCAAGAGGUGGCCACCUGAAAUGAAAAGUUUUCCAACAGUCUUGAAGGAAGGAGUUCCCAGAGGUGUUUAUUAGCACUUGUUGCUCCUUUGCCUUCUUCACUCUGUGCUCCAGCUCACCCCAAACCAUCUGGAUUGGGUUCAGGUCCGGUGACUGUGGAGGUUCAGCUCAUUUUUUGUUAAGUAUAUAAAACUCCACAUGUGUUCAUUCAUAGUUUUGAUGCUUCAGUGAGAAUCUACAAUGUAGAUGGUCAUGGAAAUAAAGAAAAGGUAUGUGUCCAUACCUUUGGCCUGUACUGUAGGUACUGUAGACAGCGAGUGUGAAUAUCGUAUCUCAUGUAUCUCCAAAACAGCAACAGCAGUUUAUUUCAGGUGAUUUAUUUCCAUUCAUCAAGAAAUGUUAACAAAGUGUAAGGGACCGUUUGUAUGUUCAAAGUAUGUAGCAAACUAAAUAAAUAAAAAAAGAUGGAGAUACUUGUUUUUCAUUGCACAGAGACGAUAUUAAGUGUAAAUUUUUUUAUCCCAUUUUCUCCACAAUUUACAAGGCCAAUUACUCAAACCAACCAAUCAUUAGGACUCUUCCUAUCACUAGUGAUGCCCAACACAAGGAGGGUUAAGACUAGCACAUGCCUCCUCUGAUACAUGUGAAGUCAGACUCCACCUCUUUUUGAGCUGCUGCUGAUGCAGCAUUGCCGCAUCACAGCGCGUUUGGAGGAAAGCGCAACGACUCGGUUCUAAUACAUCAGCUCACAGACGCAGCCUUGUGCUGAUCCACAUCACCCUAGGAGUGAUGAGAGAAAAGAGAGCCAUCUACUGCACCCACCCAGAAAGAGCAAGACCAAUUGUGCUCUCUCAGGGCUCUGGCAGCUGAUGGCAAGCUGCAUGACCAGGAUUCGAACCAGAAAUCUCUUAAUCUCUCAACCUUAACAUUAAAACUGCUUGAGACAUGGAUGCCACAAGACUUCUGAAGGUGUUUUAUGGUAUCUGGUACCACAGGCCUUGAGUGCCUAUGAUUCUUAAACUUCUUUUUGUAGAUACUAAUCACUACAUACCAGGAAAACCUCACAAGACCUGUGGAACAGAUUCCUGCAGCUGUUUUUCCUGCUUCAAACACUCAAUUUCACAGAAUUGACUCACUUUAGUCCUUGCGUAAUACAUUCCCAUCCUUUUACAUGUGCCAAUGAAAUUACAUUAAUAAAAAAAAAUGUUAUUUUAUGUUAUAUCAGUGGUUUUAAUGUUAUGGCAGCUUUUACCUACAUAGCCUAAAUAAUACCUGCUGCGGUGUUCAGAUACUGUAUGUCAUUUUCCCUUUAGUUUUGUUUCUCCUCUGUUUGUAAAAUAAAAGCAUGUCCUCCGACUCUUGACUCACCUUGUAUUGUAGUUGUAGUUGGACUAGUUUCUUCUCUUUUUGCUGUUCCAAGUUACUUUAGAUAUUCAGACAAAAAAAAACCUGAGAUUAUAAUAAAUACACAUGUAAAAGUUUAUUAUUUUAUUUUCAGGACAACAACUGUAUGAAUGAAAUAACGUUCUAUUUAUUUGGCAAUUGGGAUCAAUUAGACUAGACACAAUUAGUCACAGAACAUUUAAAGAGAAAUAAGGGGUAAGAGAUCUUAAUAUUCCAUAAUUCCAGAAUAUUUUGGAAGAGAUUGAUUAUUACAAUCUUUCAGUUUGUAAAGGGUUUGUGAUCCACCUUUAAACCUGCAUUCAACUCUCAGCAUGCACCCACACCAGCCUCUCCUGACUCUGAUGAUCACGUGUCACUAUGGCGUUCCCACUCCCCCAGCUUUUGAUUGCUCUCACCUGGUCUGAUUUAGUGUAAAUACCCCUCACUUCCCUCUUCAUCGCAAAGUAUUGAAUCAGGUUAGCUAGCUUUUCUACAACGCGUAUCCUUUGUUUUUGCCCUCGUUACCAACCAGUUUUGUGUUUUUUGACUACUCUCUUGCCUUGCCCUUGUUAUUGUUUUUUACCAUUGCCAACCUAUUUUUGUAUUUUGUCUACUCUUUUGUCCUUUUUUUGCUGGAUUAACCAUGCUUGACGCCAUUUUGCCCUUCUACACUCUGGUAUGUUGUUUACUAUUGCUGACUUUUUGUUACUGACCCUGCCUGUCCCUAACUACUCCUGUAAGCCUAGUCCCUUGUUAAUAAAUUGUAUAUUUGGUA